AUAAGGAAAACAAAAUGGGUUGCUUUUCAAUAACAAGUGCUUGCAGUUCCUUGGGAGUUAAAUCCUCUAGCUUGACAGUGCAGUUGGGGUUUCACUCUAAUGAAACUAAUAAUUCCCCUGUAGCUUUUGUUUCUUCUCCUAAAAGAACAAAAACUAAGAAGUUUUCUGUAGCAUGGUCUUCUUCUGCUACUGAUCCAUUGUUGGUUAAAGCUGCAAGAGGGGAUCCUGUAAGUCGACCUCCUGCCUGGAUGAUGCGUCAGGCAGGAAGGUAUAUGGCUGUUUACAGAAAGCUUGCAGAGAAACAUCCAUCCUUCAGAGAGAGGUCUGAGACAACUAAUCUCAUUGUGGAAAUUUCUUUGCAGCCUUGGGAAGCUUUCCGCUCUGAUGGAGUGAUAAUUUUCUCCGAUAUGCUCACUCCACUUCCUGCAUUUGGUGUUCCUUUUGACAUUGAAGAAGUUAGGGGUCCUGUCAUUCAGUCACCGAUUCACUCUGAGUAUUGCUUGAAGGCAUUGCAUCCUAUUGAGUUGGAGAAACUACAUUUUGUUGGGGAGUCCCUUAAGAUUUUCGCCAGGAAGUUGGAGAUCAUGCAGCGGUGCUGGGCUUUGUCGGAGCUCCUUGGACAAUUGCCACAUAUAUAGUAGAGGGAGGUACAACCCGCACUUACACGAUCAUAAAGAGUAUGUGCCACACAGCACCAAAUUUAUUGAGGGCCCUUCUUUCUCAUUUAACAAAGGCAAUAGCUGAAUACAUUAUUUACCAAGUGGAACCUGGAGCACAUUGCAUGCAAAUAUUCGAUUCAUGGGGUGGCCAACUA